ACGCAUCGCUCGCUGCGCGUCGGCCCGCGAGCGGGAACGAGAAGCACCGCGCCCGCAGAUACCUCCACAAAGAAGCUGGAAACUGAAAGCAACAUGUCAUCAAUUGCAUCCUACUACAAUGGAAAGUCAGUACUUGUUACUGGAGCCACAGGUUUUAUGGGCAAAGUGCUAGUGGAAAAGCUGUUGUAUUGCAGCCCUGAUGUGAAAAGUAUUUAUAUUCUUGUGAGACCCAAGUCUGGACAAUCAACGCAAGAGAGAGUGCAGGAUAUGGUGAAGUGUAAGGUGUUUGACAGAGUCAGAAAAGUGUGGCCAAACUUCUAUGAGAAGAUUAAACCAAUCAAUGCUGAACUUACCCAGCCAAAUCUGGCCAUUGCUCCUGAGGAUGCUCAGGAGCUCCUCUCCGAAGUUAACAUUGUCUUCCAUUGUGCUGCAACAAUUCGCUUUGAUGAGCCACUGAGGCAAGCCCUUCUGUUAAACGUCAUGGGAACAAAGCAACUCCUGAAGUUGGGCCACCAGAUGCAGAACCUCAAGGCCUUCAUCCACCUUUCAACUGCCUAUGCAUACUGUAAUCGGAGUUACAUAGAUGAAGUCAUUUAUCCUCCUCCUAUGGAUCCCCAGAAACUUUUUGAUCUUGUAGAGGGGAUGGAUGAGUCCCUCAUUCAAGAGAUCACACCCAAACUGAUUGGGGAUUGGCCCAACACCUACACAUUCACCAAAUCCUUGACAGAGUACGUAAUUCAGCAAGAGAAAGGUAACCUAAAUACUGCCAUCAUUCGACCAUCCAUCGUGUGCUGCAGCUGGCAAGAACCUUUCCCCGGGUGGAUUGAUCAGUUCAAUGGACCAUGCAUUUUCUUGAUUGCGACUGGAAAGGGGAUUGCACGGAUUGUAAAAUGCAACAAAGAUGCAGUUGCAGAUAUCAUUCCUGUAGAUAUUGCCAUCAAUUUGAUCCUUGCUGCUGGAUGGUACACUGCAGUUCAGAGGCCCAAGUCACUGUUGGUAUACAAUUGUAUAACAAGUAACAUCAACCCAUUUUCCUGGGGAGAAAUACGCGAUGUUGCCAUGGGCAUAUUGGAGAGGAUUCCCCUGGAGAAAGCCUUCAGAAUCCCUAAUGCUUGCAUGACCCAAAGCGACUUUACGUAUGAGUAUUGGAGAACUGUUAGUCACAAGUUCCCCGCCUUUCUCUAUGAUUUGUAUUUAAGGCUAACUGGAAGGAAGCCAAGAAUGAUGAAGAUGUACAACCGCCUCCACGAGUACAUGCUGCUCUUUGAUUUCUUUUCCAGCCGUUCCUGGGAAUGGAAAUCAGACAAUAUGAACAUGUUACUGAACCAACUUAGUCCAAAAGAUAAGAAAUUGUUCUUAUUUGAUGUCCGCCAGUUGAAUUGGUCAGCAUACAUAGAAUAUUUCUGUCUAGGAGCUAAGAUGCAUGUGCUGAAUGAAGAUUUGGCUGGCAUUCCUGCAGCAAAGGAGCAUUUACGAAAGCUAAGAAACAUUCAAUAUGUCAUCAACACCACCCUGAUUGUGUUCAUCUGGCGCGUAUUUAUUGCAAGGUCGCAAAUGGCACAAAAUAUGUGGUACUUUAUGGUACAGCUCUGCUACAAGUUCCUUAGCUACUUUAGAGUUUCCAGCACCCUCAGGCAUUGAACAUACCUGUCUGGUUAUUGACUACCAGCUCUUGGAAAGACCUCCAGUCAACAAUUGUGUGCGUGUUUGAGCUUCAAAGCAGCAGAGUAUCUCUCAGCUGCUGUGUCAUUCAACAUAUUUCAUUAAAUACUCAUAGCUUAUUUUUUUCCUAAUAAACCACCAUCUUACGUCUCUAGGUCUACCAGGCUACAUAUCAAAGCCAUAACUAAAUAUUUGGACACAGGUCAUUUUAGAGCACUUACCCCUGCUGAAGGGAUGUAGAUUACCAAAGCUGCCCUAUUUCACCUCGGAUACAAAACACUAUUUAAUAACCCUCAGUCUCAUCUCUUCCUAUGCCCCAAAUGAAAUGUGAAAAUAUCUGAUAAAACAAGAAAUAGCUGACUAAGUGGAGGUAUAUUUUUCAAAACCCUUCAUUAGAUUAAUUGAGAGCAAUUGGGAUUUAAAUGUUUUGCUUUUGCAUGGGGCAGCCUCACUUCAAAGAUAAACAAGAGAAAAUAAAAUCAGCAUGAGAGUGGUGGAAGGUUUCAGAUUUUUCUCUCUUCUCAUGGCACACAGAUUUCAGUACACUUUUUAAAAUGCAUGUCUUUCCCACACACUUAACUGGUUUUAUACAUUUCUUCUUUUCCACGGGGAACACUGCAAAUUGUAUUAAGAUAAAAAACUAUGGGCCCCUAAACCAUAAAAUGUCCAACAUACUACAAUUUCAAUGAUAUUUUUUUCAUUUUUAUGCCGUGAAAUGAUGCAUGUCUAAAAAGUACGUCAUUUUUCUUUUUUUUCUUUUUUCUUUUGCAGAAGCCACCAUAGUUAAGCUGAUAUAUUUGAUAUAUCAGAUAUAUUUGAAGCAUAAAUCAUCUCCAUAUAAUAUGGACCAAUUCAUUACAAAGUUCAAGGGCCUUCCCUGUCCUGACGAUCAUUUAUAUGGACAGUAACAAUUUGCAAACAUUCCUUUUGGGUUCAGAUAUUGCUUUUUCAAUAAUAAUAAUAAUAAUAAUAAUAAUAAUUUUAUUUAUAUCCCGCCCUCCCCAGCCGAAGCCGAACUCAAACUAUGCUGAUAAAAUGAGAUUAUUUCCCCUAUUUGCAGAGCUAUGGCAAUUUAGACAGCUGUGUGGAAUGCAAUUGCACAAAUGUCAAAAGCUGUUAUGGAUGCAACUCUUCACUCUUCCUUUUACAAUAUGUUGCAACCCUUACAUUGGCAUUCAUAUUGCAUUAGAGUUGACUAGCCUUUUGCUCAGUCUGGAGAAGCCCAUUGUCAAGCCCAGGUCAGAUAUUGUGAAAGCCUCUGCAUUAAUGGCCUGCUAACAAGUGUAUAAUGAUUAAGGCCAAAAUUAGAAAUCCAAAAUUAGAAAUCCAAAGAGGAAAAGCUGGGAAUGAAAAGGGCUAAUUGAAAAUUACAGUAGCACAUUAUGUUGUCGUCUUCAGUGGCAUUCUCCCCUGCCCCCGAUAGAUUGGUUUUUGAGAUUAUAUGUUUUAAGUGAUGUGUUGUGACAGUGGAAUGGAUA